AGGAAGGAGACGCCAUUAGAGGGAGGAGAGGCAGCGCUCCCCUAGCCUCGGGUGCCUGACGUGGUGGCCGGGGCCCUUCAUUCUGGGACUUUCUCUCGGGCCUCUCGGGUCUCGGCCGCGGAGGACGCGGCGGGCACCGGGCUCGGCGGGCGCGUGAAGAGCCGGGCCCCGGGCGGAGCGGGCGCCGCGGCGGAGGCGGUGCGGGGCUCGGCGCGGCGCUGGGCUCGGGCGGCGGGGCAGCGGCGGGAUGGCUGCGGCCGGCGGCGGGGCGGCGGCGGGCCGAGCCUACUCCUUCAAGGUGGUGCUGCUCGGGGAAGGCUGCGUGGGGAAGACGUCGCUGGUGCUGCGCUACUGCGAGAACAAGUUCAACGACAAGCACAUCACCACCCUGCAGGCAUCUUUCUUAACAAAGAAGUUAAAUAUUGGUGGGAAAAGAGUAAACCUUGCCAUAUGGGAUACAGCAGGUCAAGAGAGAUUCCAUGCAUUGGGUCCAAUUUACUACCGUGAUUCGAAUGGAGCUAUUUUAGUUUACGAUAUAACGGAUGAAGAUUCUUUUCAGAAGGUAAAAAACUGGGUCAAAGAGCUAAGGAAAAUGUUGGGAAAUGAAAUCUGUUUGUGUAUAGUUGGUAAUAAAAUAGACUUGGAAAAGGAGAGACACGUUUCCAUCCAAGAAGCAGAGUCGUAUGCAGAUUCUGUGGGAGCAAAACAUUAUCAUACUUCUGCUAAACAAAACAAAGGAAUCGAGGAGCUCUUCCUUGACCUCUGUAAAAGGAUGAUAGAAACAGCUCAAGUGGACGAGAGAGCUAAAGGAAACGGCGCCAGUCAAGGUGGGGCUGCUAGGCGAGGCGUGCAGAUCAUCGACGAUGAACCUCAAGCUCAGAGUGGUAGUGGAGGGUGCUGUUCUUCUGGAUAGCUGCUCACGCCUAUGAAACUCAAAACGGAACUGUGGAUCAUUGCCCUGAACAUGAAGACUGCCAUAUUCCAAGUCACAUCAUUUUACCAAUGGAGUUAUAGAAUUAACAGUAUUUUAAAUUACGUUUAUAACACUGCAGAGACCUUAAGUGCUAAACUUAGUGGAGUUUGUGACCAGAGAAUUGGCAUUUUCUACAAAUGUUAACAAAGCAAUUACCAAUGGCCUUUUUACAUAUUUUUUCUUUAAUGAGGAAUAAUAUGCAUGUAGAAAAGACCUACUUAAAGGCUUCAUUUAUAUUCUUUUAAAUCAGAUCUUUAUUUAAUAACUUAUAUAUGAUGUUGGAAUGGUAUACAUUUUUGCAGUCCUUUGUAUUUUGUGGUAGUUUGAAUUGUAUCACUUCUAAACAGCAUACUGUUUUUGUUUUUGUUUUUGAUUAGCAGAUACCUGAAGUUCUAUUUUUGCAGGGUUUGCACAGGCCCCUAACUGUCUACUACUUUGAUAUAAUCUAUAAACAUCCUGUAUGCUGAGCUGGUAAAAUACAUUGUAAAUUACAUAUUAAAUAUUUUAUCUGCUUUUACAAGCGCAAGGUGCAAAAGUAUAUACAAUUGUCUUAUUGGAGACUGUAAAGUGAAUUACCCGUUGGUGAUAAUACCUAAGCUUUUUGAUGCUGUUAUAAUGAUCAUCACCCUCCUUCACUUGUCUUAAUGUGAAAGUGGUGUGUUUAAAUUUAUACAUACUUUACUUGAAUUAUUACUGUUGUUACUUUUUCUUUUUUUUCCUUUUCCUUUUUUUUUUUGCCUCUCUACAUCCCAGCAAUCAAAAAGCAGCAUUUGCCUUUUUAGUAUUAUUAUUAUUAAACAAGAUUUCUCCUGCCAAUUUUGUUUUAGAACAGUUACCUUAGAAGGAUUUGAGUGGAGCUUGCCAAGUUUCACUUCUGUGACAACUUGAGUCUUUUAUAGGGUUUUCCCUGAGAUGGGUUCACUGGCCUGAGCAGAGGGGUCUCAGGUAGUAGCACUGACCAAGGCUUAUUUAUAUAGCAUGUUGAGUGGUGAUUGAUGCUCCCAAGGCAGCACUUCUGGAUCCCUUAGGAUGUUUUAGUGGUCAUUGCUUGUCAGAAAUGAAUAUAGAAAGCUGUAUUUCAUUUUAUAAAAAUUAUUUGAGUUUUUAUGGGAAGAAGCAUUUUAUAGUACAGUUACAGCAACACUGGUAAGAUUUAUUAUAAAAUCUUAUUCUUGUUUAUUUUAUAAUUAGUCCUACAUUGGAUUUUUAUUUUUUUAAUUUUUUUUCUUUAGCAUUGGACUGAAAUUUGUUCAUUUAAAAAAAUCAGGCACUGCUCACAGGAGAAACAGGUUGUGGACAUUAACAUAAAUUGUUCUUGUUCUAAUAUAUCUAUUUUCCCAUUUCUGUCUUGCUUGGAAAACUAGUAAAUGUUGUGUGUAAGAUAAGAUGGAAUGGUCCCUGGAUUUACUUUUUCUAGAAUUAGAAUAUUGUAACACAGUAAGCAUUUCUGAAAAUACAAGGAGGUGAUGGUCACUAAGCAAAUACUACCAUAUUCUUAAGACUAGCUUAAUCUAGACUGAAAGCUGAAUGACUUGACCAUCUAGAUAAUAGGAAUUUAACAUAGCAUUGUGUUCUCUGAGCCCUCUGUUCAGAUUAUUUACUUAUCCACCUUGCCAGAUUUCAAUCACUGACUCUUUGCUAUGUGCCUGAAGACGGUCAGAAUGGAAAGAGUCGAGAGUGAGCUGCAGCUGUGUCCCAUUGCAGGCCGAUUGCGCUGUGCCACCCCUGGGUUCCUGUGGAGUUGUGUUUAUGCAGGGGCAGAAGGGGCAGCAGAAACCACAAGUCAUUGGAGGAUUUGUCCCUAUGCGCUGCCAAUCCUACUGUUGUAGAUAGGAAAUACACUUCCUCAUUGGAAUAGAAUACUGUUUUUUAAACUAGAGAUGGAAUUAAACUAAGUUAAACUUGA